CAUGGAGCUCCUUAGUGGAUAGACAAACGCAACUCCAACUCCUGGAGGCAACUUCUCCCGCGGUUUUAGUUAAGCGUUUAGCAGCAAGGGGGGAGAGCGUAACUUCUGAUCCAGCCUUGCCAUUACAUCCCUACGCCUAUAAUCCGGGGUUGAUCCGGAGCUGGACUUUCUACCGAAUGUCGUGGGACUGAUAGAUCUUCCGACCCUAGAGAUGAUGACUAGUCUUGCCUCUAUCUACUUCGUUCAGAUCACCCCAGUCAACGACUUUCUCUCUCGUGCUGAGGUGGUGGAGGAUAUUGUAGAAUGCCGGAACGACCCAGUGUCAUGCAGUGCAGUCGAUUCCCUUCUCCUGGGCAUUGCUGCGCUGGGUUGUCUGUUCGAUAAUGGUCGUCAGACCAAAGGCUCGGAGCUCGAGCGGCAACUCGUUUACAGCGCACGGGUGACUCGAGAAUAAUCCAGCCAGCUUCCACACCCUCAUGUCGAC